AAAAAAAAAAAAAAAAAAGAAAAAAAAGCCGGUUAAUAGGCUAGUUCACUUCUGACUCGUACAAUGAUCCUAGGACAACACUGUUGAACUGUUGUUUCCCAUCUAUCAUCAAUGGAUGUUGGUGUCGUGUUACGAACUAUGUAUGACUUUUGCAUUCCUGUCCAAAACUUAGCAUAAGACAACGGCUAAAAAUUUCCAAUAUUACAAAAAACCCCGUCACUUAAUUUUUGGUCGAGAUAAACGCCAAAUGCAAUUCAUGCUGAAAACGAAAAAAAAAAAAUCCAGACCCAAAGCUUCCACCAUCGCUAGUCAUCUCAGGCUUUUCAUCUGAUUACUUGCUAUUGAAAUGGGGAAAUUCACAGGAAAGAGACCCGCAGUGAAAACAAAGAGUGCUGCAAAGAAAAAGAAAGAACCAGAGACCUUUGAUGAGUUUAUGGAAGAGGCGAUCAAUAGUGAAGAACAAGGCGAUCGCUACCAAACCGGAGAAAGAGCUGAACGUCACUAUAAUAGAGCGGCUACCAUGUAUGGGAAGGCUUUUGAAUUGAAUAAUACGGAUGCUGACUGUGUCUAUAAUUGGGGUCGUAUCCUAUUCAUCUUGGUCAACUUCUUACCUUCUCAUGUAUCGCCUGAGGAAAAGCUUGAAAGAGUCGAGCGAUCUAUCGAAAAGUUUAGACAAGCUUUAACGUUAGAGCCUGAUAAGACAGACGCUCAAUUCAAUUUAGCCCAAGCACUACAUCAGAAAUCAGAAAUACUACAAGAUACCACGGAAAUUAACAAUGCUUACGGGGCUUCAGCAAUGGCUUUGCAGGAAGCCAUCAGUCUAUUUGACAACGUAUAUAGUCUACAGGAGAAGGAAUAUUUGGAACUGACAACGCAGAAAGUGGAUCAAGAGGACAAAGAACAAGGAGAACAAGGCGAGGAAAUCAAAAAACUAAAAGAAUUAAGUAUAAAAGAGGAGGAUGCUCAUCACGACCCUGAUCCUCCCGAGCCUGAAGAAGCACCGUCAAGCACCGGCUCUUCUAGAAGCACGACGCCAGCACAAUUCACAACAGUAACAGCGGUGGAGGCAACCACUGCCUACUCUUUGAUUGAAACAUUACUCUCCACGGCCGAGACAAUGACGACCAUGGCAUCCAUGCUGGCUGCGUUUUCAGCUUCCAUGGAUCUCUUCAGCCGAGCCAAAUCAAAAUUAGCUCUUGCCGAAAAGUGGCUAGCCAAAGCCAGCGAUGAAACAGGCAAUGAUCCCGAGAAAGAAAAGCAGCAAAAGACAGCGCGUAUCCAGAUUCAUUUGAAGGAAGCGGCUACUUAUGCAGCGAUGGCAGACCGAACCUUCCUCGCGUCUGGCACAGUAGAGGGUUCAUUAUUCGAAAGAGCCAUCGAACGACUGAGCGAAGUCAUCGAACAGCAUGAUGCACGCAACGUAGAAGCCAUGUGCGAUCGUGGUGAUAUCUACACGAGUUAUGGACAAACCAUCUGCGAGUGUAUACACAAGAAAAAAGCUUCGCUUGAUCCUGACAGAGAAGGAAAAGAAGUAUGGCAGCUGUAUGCUUCAGCCACCAAGUCCUUCCAAGCAGCUCUGCAAUUGGAACCUAAAAAUCUACGUAUUCUCAACAAAAUGGGCGAUCUCAGUUUAAUUCGUGCCAGACUGGACCUACCGAUUGCCGAACGUAACAAGUUGCAGUUGUUGAAGAACGCAGCAUUCUAUUUCAAACGCGCAGUAGAAAUAGACAAGGAAGUGCUGACCAGUGGCUACCUUGGAUGGGCGAUGAGCGAAUGGGCGCUAGAGGAAUGGGCUGAGAUAGCUCAUAAAAAAGAAGACGCACUCAAGAUUGUUCGUGUGUGGGUGAAGCGUGGUGGAUCAGGUCAUUUGUUCAGAAGCUUAGCGGAGGAUAAUGAAACCUGGGACGAAGAAUUCGUGGAAUUUAUCAUAGAAAACUUGUUUACCACUGAUAGUGAGGAUUCAGAGUAGAUGGCCUUAUUGAUUGUAGAUAAUACUAGGC